CCCCCCCGCCUUCUCGGUGUUGUUUCGUUUUCAUGCACGGCACCCCCACACGUCGUCACUUGUCGUCACCCGUCCUCCUUUUCACACAAUUGCAACCCGGCUCUGCUGCAAUCGAAUUCCCACUGCUAGACCACCACACCCACCAACACACCGGGAGAGAGAUUUGAUCUUGUCCAGGGCUGCGACGAGGCAUAAAUUCCAGGAGGCGCGUUGUUCCCGCACCUAACUAGAAGAAGCCCCGGCCAACAUGUCUAAGAAAAGCUCGAACCCGGUGGUGUCCCUGACUUCCGGAUGCAUCGCUGGAGCCGUGGAAGCCAUGUGUGUGUGGCCGCUUGAAUACACCCAGCUCCAGCUUGCGGACAAGCUGCCGGCGGGCCAGAAGCCCAAGUACACCGGGGUGGUGAGCGGGCUCACGUACACCGUGCGGACAACGGGGUUCUUCUCGCUCUACCGAGGGCUGGCGCCGACCCUCCUGGGCUCGAUGCCCAAGGCCGGCAUCCGGUUCGGGGGUAACUCGGAGCUCAAGAAGAUCCUCGCGGGCAAGGAGAACAAGAAGCUCUCCUCCGGGGAGCAGUUCCUGGCGGGCUUCGGGGCGGGGGUGCUGGAGGCCAUCUUCGCGGUGACGCCCAUCGAGACCGUUAAGACAAAGGCGAUCCAGACCAAUGCCCCCUUCAUGCAGGGGGUCAGGACCAUCCUCAAGAACGAGGGGCCCGCCGGACUGUACCAGGGUGUGUGGGCUACCAUCGCCAAGCAGGGCUCCAACCAGGGACUCCGAUUCAUGUGGUUCAACAAGUACAAGGGGAUCAUCAGCAACGACGGAGCGCGACCGCUGUCUGACGUCGAGAACCUCUUGGGCGGCAUGUCCGCCGGCUGCUUCAGCACGCUGGGAAACAACCCUUUCGACGUGGUGAAGACGAGGAUGCAGGGGGUCGACGCGGCCAAGUACAAGAACACGGUCGACUGCUUCAGACAGAUUAUCAAGGCCGAGGGCGUAAAGGGCUUCUACAAGGGGGUCGUGCCCCGGCUGGGACGAGUUGUCCCCGGGCAGGGUAUCAUCUUCAUGUCCUACGAGCGAAUCCAGACGUUCGUUGCGGGGAUAGUCGAGGGGCCCAAGAAAUAGGAACCGAAUCAGUAACACACCAUCGUGCCUUCUGUUUUCGUCAGGACCAGUGUAGCCAGCACACAAGCUAGCAGCUUUUCUCAGCGUAGUUAUGGGGAGUUGUUCCGUGUUCGUAGUAUAGUAUUGUUGGUCGUCUCUUCUUUUGGCUAGGAGGAAUUUGCUUUCGGCGGCGACCACUCUCUUGCCGAUGCUUUCGAUUGGUUGCCGGAGUUGAUUUCUGUUUUGCCGCCGGCGAGAAAGGAGCACGUAAGUCGUUGUGUUUUCAUCUUCGAAACGAUCCUGCUGUUGACGAUUGACGCGCGGGGACAGACUUAAUGAGCGCGCGAAAUGACGCGCAGACGAGGCCACCCUUUUACUUGCGAGCGGCUUUCGUUGCAAGCUGUAUCUCCCUCCCUCCAGUCGAAAUCUACCCAUAUGUGUAUGUAUCUUCUCCAAGGCUCUGCUCGAGAGCUGCUGAUAGGAUGCGUCAAAAUAGGCCUUGUUUGUGGGGGCAUACGCAAAAAAUGUACGGUGGCGUUACUCGGGUUUUCGAGUGUCUGGGCGAGGGAGGGGAGGCAGGCACAGGUUACACUUUGGGGUAUGAGCGGGUGUUUCCAUCGCUAUAAGGUUGUAGCUCUGAAGAGCAGCUUGAUCGGAAGGAGCGCGGCCAACGUAAGACGAGCUUUUUGUUGAUUUUGCUGCCCCUUGGUGUGCACCGUAGUUCCCGACGGACGGCUGCUGCAUGAAGUAUGUUGUGUCUCGCGUUUGGUGAAAAGCGUCUUGUAUCACCCAGACUCGGUAUACUGUAGCCAGGGAACGGCGGUGGCACAUAAUGUGCACCACAAUUGUGGGUGUGUGUCCCCUGCGCACCAGCUUAGUGUGCGCACACGGCAGGACCGACGUGGGAAAUUCGAAGGAAAUCAAGUGUAAACAGGCUUUCUUCUCUGCCAACACAGCGCCCUUGACUCCUCUUCAUGCCAGCGGUGCUCAAGAGGAACACAGGUGCACCGAGGAGAGCGGGUUUUGGGGGGGUAGGGGGGGCAUGUGCACCGAUAUUUGAGCGCUCGGCGCUGCUGAGGCGUCCUCGGGUUUCGUGAUGAGUCGCUUCCUGACGUUUUUCAUGUUUGGUGUGUAGUUUUUGUUUUCUACUCGCGAGGGGUUGUGGUCUCUCGUUCGUUUGUGUUUUUGUCUCUCCUAACCCUAGCAUAAUAAAUGCCGUGUGUGUUUCAUGAGGCUGGAACUAAGCAGGAUUUGUUUUGGAGUGCCGGGCAUAUCAAGGGGUCGUUGGUGCUGUGCCUGCUGAGCGCUACGGUGCACAUGCUCCUGUUAGGCCGUUCCCCGUUUCUUCUUAUCGUCAAAUUGUGCGUCACACACCACACAUGAGCGGC